AUGGAACACAAUAUGCACAAUAAUACUCCAUUGCAUUGGGGCUACGGUUCGGCAGCUGUACCAACUACGCCGCAAAAUCAUUGGGUGCCACCACCACAAACUCAUUCUCUGAAGCGUGCAAUGUCUGAAAGUGAUUGUGAAGAAUUAUUCUCUGAAGAAUCGUCCAAAGAACAAAUUUCACCCAGUGAGCCCGGUAGUUGUCAACUAAUGAGUCGCAAGAAGAGACGUGGUGUUAUUGAGAAGAAACGACGUGAUCGUAUAAAUUCUUCAUUAUCAGAACUUAAGCGUCUAGUACCUUCUGCUUAUGAAAAACAAGGUUCAGCUAAAUUGGAGAAAGCGGAAAUUCUACAACUCACUGUAGAGCAUCUAAAAAAUUUGCAAUCGAAAGGUAAUUUCAUAAAAGAACCUGACUAA